GUGAUGCCAACAGCUGAGGAUCUGGGUUUAUUUCUAAGACAAGACAUUUAAGAGCAAAUAGAACAAUGAGCAGGAAGCUUAUCAUUGUUGGUUUGUUGGCUCUGCUGCUCGCGGCUCUCUGUGUCUUCGUGGGCGUCUUCAUGGGGCUGAAAUCAAGGACGUCCUCGUCCAUCUACUCCUACUCCAGAGCUGCGGUGGCAACGGACGCGGGAAAAUGCUCGGAGAUCGGGAGGGACAUCCUCAAACAGAAGGGCUCGGCUGUGGAUGCUGCUAUUGCUGCCAUGCUGUGUGUGGGGCUGAUGAACGCACACAGUGCAGGCAUAGGAGGAGGGCUCUUCUUAACUAUUUACGAUGCCUCCACAGGCAAAACAGAAACUAUUAAUUCCAGAGAAACGGCACCGAGGAAUGCAACAGAGGACAUGUUUGGGAACAACACAGAACUAUCCAAGGAAGGUGGACUCUCUAUAGCUAUCCCAGGUGAGAUACGGGGCUACCAGAUGGCACACCAACGUCAUGGCAGGUUACCAUGGAAACAGCUUUUCCAACCCAGUAUUGAACUGGCGAAGAAUGGGUUCCCAGUCAGCAAGGCUCUGGCAGACGCCAUCUACCAAACCAAGACGACAAUCGAGAAAGACGUUUCUCUAUGUGAAGUAUUUUGUAACUCGGAGGGAAAAAUCCUGAAGGAAAAAGACACAAUUACAUUUCCUAAGCUAGCAGAAACCUACAGAAUUAUAGCCGAGGAAGGCCCAGACGCCUUUUACAAUGGAUCUCUGGCACAGCAGAUAGUCAAGGACAUUCAAGCGGCAGGUGGGAUUAUAACUCUGGAGGACCUCCGAAGCUAUCUUCCUGAACUGACAGAGAAUGCACUACAAAUCAAUAUCGGAGAAUAUAAAUUGCGCGUCCCAGACGCCCCCUCCAGUGGUCCUGUACUUGGGCUCAUCCUAAACAUACUGGAUGGAUACAACUUCUCCAAAGACAGCGUGUCAACCACAGAGAAGAAGAUCCUCUCCUACCAUCGGAUCCUGGAAGCCUUCCGGUUUGCAUACGCCAAGCGAAGCAUGCUGGGAGACCCGCGCUACCUCAACAUCACAGAUCUCAUACACAAUAUGACCUCUGAUUAUUUUGCUGAUGAUAUAAGGAGUAAAAUCUCAGACGACACGACCCACCCUGUCCAGUAUUACAGUCCAGAUUUCUAUGUUCCUGAUGACCAUGGGACCGCACACCUCUCAGUUGUAGCUGAAGAUGGGAGUGCAGUGGCAGCUACGAGCACCAUCAACCUAUACUUUGGGUCGAAGGUACGCUCCCGAACGUCUGGUAUACUAUUUAAUGACGAGAUGGAUGAUUUCAGUUCACCUGUCUUCGAAAACGAUUACGGGGUGCCUCCUUCACACAACAACUUCAUCCAGCCAGGUAAAAGACCCCUGUCCUCCAUGUGUCCGUCCAUUGUGUUUGACAAAAACAACGACGUCAAGAUGGUGGUGGGUGCAUCUGGGGGAACAAGAAUCACCACGGGAACGGCACUGGUAAUACUGAACGCGCUGUUUUUUGAGUACGACGUGAGAAAGGCUGUGACAGAACCCCGAAUGCACAACCAGCUCCUGCCCAACAUCACAGAGCUGGAAAAGGACAUGGACAAGAGUAUAAAAGAAGGGCUUGAGUUGAAGCACCACGAGAUAAAGCAGUCUACCUCCAAAUCGAUAGUGCAAGCCAUCGUGCGCCAUGGCAGUACGCUGCACGCAGAGUCAGACUACAGGAAGGGGGGCUACCCUGCGGGCUACUGAAGACCCUCUCACCCGCUCAGCUGCAGAACCUUGAGAAGCGGCUUCAAUCACAAGACAAGGACCAGCAGCAGGGCACGCUCAGAACGGGGAUUUCUUUACCAGAAUCGGCUUGCACUGCUGGUAACGAUCAGGACUUGCGGGUUUGCAUUACUCACGCCUUUGAAGAUUAUUUUCCAGUGCAAGCCAGCAUUCCUAAGUACCUUAUGAGAACCAGACAUGAUGCAUUCUGUAUCGUUAAAGCACCACUUUUUUUUUUUUUUUUCACGAAUCUCAAUUUAAAGAUUUUUUUUUUUUUUAAGAGCUGAUGUUAUACUUUACUAGAUUUACUGUCUGCGUUUCAGUGUGGUGAAAUACAAAGGGCAAUGGUGCGUGUUUGUGAAACAUUAAUGUUCAGAUUAUAUAAUAGUAUCACUGAACUUGUGAAGACGCAAAAAGCUAACCGUAAUCCAGAUAAAGUAUGUAGGUGUUAUAGCCAAAGCAUUAUAAAAUAUGAGCAUCACAUUAAGCUACAUGCUUAUCACACACCCAGAACCAAGUAUAAUGUAUGUCUCUCAGAGCUGCUAUGUGGUCAUAUUGCUAAAGAAAGUGGGUAGUUUGACAUUUCUCUUGGUCUGCUGAAUUGUCUGUGCCAAGCAAUAUGUUUUUAAACGAGUAUAUAAUAAUAGUUUAUAAAGCGAUAGAUGGUGUUGGUGGAUCAGGGUUCAUCCUGAGUUUCUUCAGCACCCGUGGUUUAUUUUAGACACAUGAUGGAAGUGAUCAGGUUGCACCAGAGCAAUCAGUUCUUACAGAAUCAGCCUGUUAACUGCUGAAACUUAUCAGAGCAGCAUUAAUACAUCGCACACAAGUCUAUAACUGUAGGGGCAGAACAAAGCCGAUAAAGAAACUGGGUUUUUCAGCGGCAGGUCUAUCUCAACGAGUGUAGUUCUGAAACCAGGACUGAAUGUCAUGGCACAACUAAUUGUGACUUUUGCAUUGUAGUUUUGUAAGAAAUGUGAAGUGCUGCUACAUUCGUUUGAUCAUUACAAAGUACUCUAUCUCAUGGUACUUCAUUACAUACUGUAUGCAUCUGGAAAACUGUAUUCAUAAGGCAUUAUUAGCCCUGGGCUGUGUAAUAGACUAGUAAUCCUGUACACAUUCAAGAGUUUUCUAUUUUCUAAUUCUGUAUCCUGGGGACCUCCUGAAUUUUUGUUUGUUUAAAGACAGCUUUUUAAAGAAUCAUUUUCCUAUUUAUUGAUCACAUUGUGCAGAAUUAGAUACCUGUUUCUUUUAACCGGUUGCGUCCUGGACUAGUCAAAUAGAGAAAAGUCACCUGUGUUUUAAUGUAAACUGCUGUCACAGAUAUGAAUGGAACAAAAAAAUAAUAAUAAUCAUAAAGACUCUAAAAACUGUGUCUAUUUUGCUAUGCUGAACAUUUACUGUGUGCGAUGCCAAGCCAUGUGUCUCACAAAGCUAAUUAAAUGUUAUUUUUUUUGUUGUUCAUGAAACUGUUCCAGACUGUUGCAGGUUUAUUUGAAUGGUAAUGCAUUGCUAGUUAAAUGUUUGUCCAACAGCUGCCUUCUCAGACCCCAGUCAGCGCUAAUCUUACCUUAGAUAAACUAAUCCAAGACAAGUGCUAAUCAACCAUGUUUUUAUCUUUACUUUCCUAAAAGGGUAACCAUUAAGACUUAAGGGGUCUGUGAUAAGCAGUCAACAGUGUGUAUUAAGUGUGUUAUAAAGGAUAAUACAAGCAACAGUUCUAAUUACAGGUUAUAGAAAUACAGUGUAACCAGACAUUCAGAAGAAUAUAACAUAAUAAUAGCCCUUUACACUUGUAAAGUGUCCUUAACAUGGACUGCUAUUCCCUGUUAAUAAUCAUGAAGACCUUUAAUAACACAUUUAUAGAUGCUUAAUACAUGGAUUGUUAAACUCAAGUGUGACCGAUACCUCUGUCAUUGUAAAGCUAAGUCACUUUUCUAAUGGAAGUCACGGUGUCUAGCAAUACCCCAAAGCUGUGUACAGGUAGUGAACUGUUCAACUAUCAACUGACACACAUGCCUCAGUGGGGAUUCUGGACUGCAGGGAGGCAAAGCCAGUGGUGCUGGAUAGUGCUAAACACAAGUGCAGCAAUUCAUAACUGAAACCGUGAGGCUGUUUAUAAGAAAUGCACACAGUCUUUGUUUAUUAAAGAAAAUAAAACACAUGGACUCAUCCUCUAAUUUCUACAUAUACAGUUAAUACAUCCUUUUUAACAGGUACAAAUAAAGUAUAACAAUUACAAUCUACAUAUUUAAAUCAGUCCAUGUGAACUUAAUUGUAGUUGUCAACAGUAAAGCACAAAAAGACAAAUGUAGUGAGAGGAGGGAACUCUGUAGCUGAGGGACGCUCUACACGUCUCACCCUGUCAAAGAGCUGAAGUUCUUUUCAAUGUAAUGCCAGGGUUGCA